AACCGGAAAAUACAUCAUUAGUGCACAUUCGAAUUUCUUUAUUGUCAAGCAAAAGCAAAGACAUCAUGUAGUUGUUUGCGUCUUUUUUAAUCUUUCUGAACUUGUGAAGCAAAAGCAAAGACAUCGUGUAGUUGGUUGCGUCUUCUUUACUCUUUCGGAAUUUGUGAAGAAGCAAAGACAUCAUGUAGUUGGUUGUGUCGUCUUUAAUGUUUCUGAAUUUGUGAAGAUGCAGUCAAGAGAAAAAAUUAAUUACUUCUACCUGCAAAAAAUACUUAAAAAUGUUACAAAGAAACUUGUUGAUCUUUUUAUCCAAGAAUGGAACACACAUUACAAAGAAUCUCUCGGAGUAUGGGAAAAUACAAACGUUAGUGGUCAGAAGUUGUUCAAAAUUGAAACUUCAAAAGGGAGACCUCCUGAAAAACAUAUUCUGUCAAAUUUUCAAAAUGGUGACACUAGUAAGUGGGAUUGUACGACGCUAUUCGCAGCGAUAUUGUAUUCCAAAUCAAUUGGAACAAAAAUCGAGCCAAAAGUUAGAGAUGCUGUAAACAAACUUCGUAAUGUAAGAAACGAAAACGCUCAUAAUAAAGAUAAAAAAGUAUCUGAUUCGAAAUAUCAUACAAUGGUUUGUGAUAUUGAAAACUCGUUUCAAGAUCUAGGAUUUUCAUUUAAUGAAAUUAAUGAAAUAAAAAGUCAGCGAAACAGAUUUAGUUCUUUUCAAGUACUUCCUAGCAAAUCAAAUCACGGUGUGGUUAAACGUACAGAGUUACUUAAUCAAAUCACAGCAGAUCUCAAUAACUUGCGCAGUACUAACAAUAAUGAACUAACAUAUUACUAUAUUUCUGGUAAUCCUGGCAGUGGUAAAUCUGAAUUAGCCAGACAAGUUUGCGAAGAAAUGUAUAUUUCGUUUGACUGGGAAAGUCAAACGACAUUUGUGAUGACACUCGAAGGAAAAGAUAUCGACUCUCUUUUGAAAACUUACGCUGAACUUUAUCAACGCUUAAACAAUGAUAAAACUGUCAUUAAAAAUAUUUUAAAAGAAGCAAAAAGCAGCGAAGACAAAAUCAAAGAUUUUCAAUUAUUGCUGACACAGCAACUGAAAUCAUGGCAAACAUGGUGGAUUGUUGUAGAUAACGUGGUUGAACUUCAUAAAAUUUAUCCAUUAUUACCUCAAGUUGGUGAUCAUAGCUGGAAAAAUGGUCAAAUUAUAGUAACUGUCCAAAAUACAGAUGCUAUACCAUCAGAUGGAAGUCUAAAUAAACACAUUUCAGUUAGUCAUGGUAUGAAUAAUGAAAAAUGUCGAAAACUUCUAUCUGUCUUCUCUGAUAUUCUAAAUAACGAUGAAAAACUUUUAAAGGAUUUAUCAGACAAAUUAGAUCGUCAACCGUUGUUCCUGGCAAAUGCUGCUUACUACGUAGGCAGUGUAAAAAGUGCAAAUCCAACAUUCACCUGGGAGCAUUAUUUUGAUAAGUUGAUUGAAGGAGAGCGACAGAACAUGGAUGCCAAUUUUCAAGUAAUAAACACAUCUUACUUAGGAAUGAAAACUGUUAUGUUAGCAGUACAAAAAAAUGCCGAAGAAUCCAUCUUGUUGGAACAUGUUUUUAAACUUUUCUCAAUAAUAUCUUUCGAUCCCUUACCACAAGAUGUUAUAAUACAAUUUAUUAAAAGCAUUGAUCCACAAAAAUCUGCAGAAGAUGUCUGUCUUCAAUUAAAGCAUUGUUCUUUAUUCCUUCAAACGGAAAACAACGACAUCCGCCUGCACAGCGUUGUACACGAAGCCAUCAAAAAUUAUUCAUGGGAGACCUUUGGCUGUAAACAAAACGAAAAUAAUUCUAAAGAGUCGGCAGCUGAUCUUGCCUGUCAAGUUGCUUGGGCACUAAAUCAAUUUGAAGACAGAGAAGAUGAAAUCAAAAUAAUUCCACAUCUAAUUAAAUUCGUUAAAUUCGAAUCAAAUUCACCAUUUCGACAUUUCCUAAAUAAGUUGAUCGAUGUAAAAUCAUCAAAACAAAAACUUGAUGAAAGAAAUUGGAAAUUUGCCAAAUAUUUUGUAGAUGUUUUAGAAAGAUCUUGCUACUAUAAUCUUGCAACUAAAGUACUUUAUCAAAUGAAAGAAAUUCAAAUUAAAGUGUUAGGUGUUGAUCAUACUGAAGUUUCAUUUUCGUACGGCUGGCUGGGUUCAUUGCUUUUGAAGAAUGGAGAAUAUGAAAAUGCUGAAGCUUUUCUUGAUCGAGCAAUGGGAAUUCAAACUAAAGCAUUUGGACCUGACCAUGUCAAUAUUGCGACAACGUACAGCAAUUUGGGCUCAGUUUACAAAAAUAAGGGAGAAAUGGGAGAGUACGAAAAAGCAAAAGAUUUUUAUGAACGAGCGAUACAAAUUGAAGCGAAAACAUUUGGACCUGACCAUGUUAAUAUUGCGAUAAGGUACAACAAUGUAGAAAUUGAAAAUACAACUGUUGCUGGUCAGCUAAAGGAGAAAGAAAACAUACCCAAAAACCGCGGCUAA